AAUAUUCUUGAUUAUACUCUUGAUAAAAUUGAUAAAAUACUUACUCGCUCAAAACCAUCUUCUACGAAUGAUAAUGAUAAUAAACAACAAACAAUAUUAAAUGCACGUCGUUUAAAAAAAAUUGGUCGAUUUAAAUAUGAUAUGCUUGAAUUAAGUAUAGCAGCUGGUGAAGACAAAGUACGAUAUUAUGAUAAGAUAGCUAAAAAAGAAAAAAAGAAACUAUUAAUGAUUACAAAUAAAUUCAAGAAAAAUAAUUCGGAUUCAGAUCUGUUUACACAAUUAAUGGCAGCUAUUGAAGCACGUGAAAAACAUAUGAUAGAACGUGCUGAUUAUAUUACACAACAAAAAAUGAAAUCUUUUUUCGACGAAGCUCCGGCUAUGCUUCUUUCAUUAUUUUUUGCCAAUACAAUUAUACCAUUAUCCAAUGAACAAUUACUUAUUAUUAAUAAAGGUUUAAAAUUUAUUCCACCAUGCCAAAGUAGAUUCUUUUACAAGGAACCUAUGGAAGAAAUUAUUGAACAAGAAUACAAGCGGCUCUAUGAUAAAAAUUGUAAAAAUCUUAUUAAAUAUACGUUUUCCACAAAAGAUGCACGUGCAACUGAAUUUUUUUCUGAAGUUAAACAUUUACUUGAAGAACUAUAUACUAAGCCACUACCGAAAAAACUCAAAGUCAAGGCUCGAUAUAUUUAUAAAAUGAUAAAAUCAAUGAAAGGAAAAUUACGCAAAGCUAAUAUUGCUGUUGGACAAACGGAUAAAAGUAAAUUAUUUUUCUUUAUUGAUGCACAAGAAUACGAAGAAAAAAUUAGAAAUUAUAUGUCCAAAACAAAUGCUUAUCAAGAAACUAUAAGUGGUAUUUGUCCAUUAGCUGAUGAUUUACAUUCUGUAUUAACAUUACUCGAUUAUUUACAGAAACAUAAUAGAAUUACCAAAGAACAAUAUAAACAAAUGUAUCCAAAUUUAAAAACAUUAGAAUUAGCUCAUAUUUAUUUCAAUCUUAAAGUACAUAAGCCUGAAAUGUCAGUUCGACCUAUUCUGGCUUCAAUCAAUGCACCAGCUAGAAACAUAUCAAGUUUUCUUGAUCAACUUCUUACUCCAAUUUAUAAUUAUGUAACAAAAGAUAUUACAUUUAUUAAUAGUAUCGACUUGAUUCGAAAAUUAAAUGAAUAUCAACAGCAAGGUUAUUUGACUUCAACAACAUUAUUUGUUAUAUUUGAUGUGACUGAUUUAUAUACAAUGAUACCACGUGAUGGUGCUAUUGCUGCUUUAACUCGAUUUUGUGAGAAAUAUUCAAUAAAUCGCAAAAUUGCAAAUCUUAAUAUCGAUACUAUUAUUCGAUUAGCACGUAUAAUUUUAGAUACAAAUUCAUUUGCUUACAAAGAUAAAUAUUAUCGGCAAAUAAAAGGUGGUGCUAUGGGUUCACCAUUUACUAUGGUUCUCGCCAAUAUUUAUAUGUUAGAAUGGGAACAAAAAUUAAUUCAACAUCAAAAUAGACAGCAUGAAAUGUAUGGCCGAUAUAUUGACGAUGUAUUUAUGACUACGAAUUUAUCAAAAGAAGAAAUUUUACAACAACUUCAUGAAACAAUGAAAACAGAUCCUAACAUUAAAAUUACUAUUACGAUUAAUCAAGCAUUAGAAUAUCUUGAUGCUAGUAUUGAAAAUAAUAAUGGACAAUUAAAAACAACUAUUUAUCAUAAAUCAGCUUGGGAACCUCAUAUUCUAUCUUAUGAAUCUGAUCAUCCACGACAUAUGCAUGCAAAUAUAAUUUAUACGAUGUUAGUCAGGGCAGCACGUCUUUGUUCAAGUGUGGAAAAUUUUGAUAUGGAACGAUUAAGUACAGAAAUGAUUUUAUUAGUUAAUGGUUACCCACCAAAAUUUAUACAACAACACAUGAAAAAUUUCUUUAUUCAACAUAAUGCCAUGAAUGUGUGGACUGAACUCAAUAGUGAAGCAUAUCAACAGCUACAUAAUACCUUACUUUACAAACCAACACGAAGAGAACUUAAAUCCAAAGUCCAAACAAAUGGUGCCUUAAUUCUAAACAGGAAUAAUUAUGAACAUAAAGAUCAAAUUUAUCUACAUUACACAUUUGAAAAUGGACCAUUAUUAGAUUUCAAAAAAGAAUAUCGUCAAAUAUGGCAAAAAUUCUAUGUUUAUCCGGGAUCACGUCUCAGAAAUACACGACUUAUUCUCGGCACAAUAUUGAAUCGUACAUUACAAAGUCUUUUGAUUCAUAAAAAACCAAAACGUGAUAUGUUGACCAUAAUGCAACCAACAUCUGAUCAAAAUCAAAACAUCGAUUCUACUAUUGAUCAAUUAUUAUCGAAUGAUUUCGUCACAACAAAUCAAUCAACUAUAGAAUUGAGCACAACAAAUACUAUUACAACUGAAAAUAAUUUCAUACAUAAUCCUGAACGAAAUCAAACUGCAGCAAGAAGAGCAAGACCACAACAACAUCACCAGCAACAAACUUCCCAACAACUUUUGGCUUCACCAUGGCACCCACUACUCAAUCAACCAGUACAAUUUAGGCCGUUUCAACAAUUUCAACCAAGACGUCGUCAACAAUUAAAUCAGGCCCAACGACAACAACAUCCACAACAACCGCGUCAACGAACAGAACCAAGACGCUACCGACGUUAUCGACAAUGGCAAGAAAGAUUAAACCAACGAAGCCUGGACCGACAAUUUCAAACAAGACAAACAUACUAUAGAGAUCGGUACGUCGACUACGAUAGCGACGACCAUCUCAGCAUUGAAGAUAUGCACGAUGAACUACUCGAAGGUUAUGAAUGGGAACAAAUGGAUGAAACAACAAAAUGGGAACAAGAACACAUCAAAGACAUUGAACGAUUAGCUACACAAGAUAUAUUAAUGAUAACACAAGAUGAAAUCGAUCAAAUACAACACAUCGAAACAGCCAAACAAAUUACUGAAAACGAAAAAAAGGAACGCAACAUACACCUAUUAAACCAAAACGAUCUCUUCGAACAACUUCAAUUCAUCCAAUUACAACUACGACAACCAUAA